AUCUAUAAGCCUACUACGUCAGGGUUUUUCGUCGCGAUUUUCGCCCUAUUUCUGGCAACGGUGAACAUAACCCCUGUAUAUAAGCUUAAAAAACGUAUUUUCUUCUGAACAAAUAUUUAUUUAUAUCAAAGAAGUAGUCAUACAAAAGCAAGUAAUGUCUGAACAAAGUGAUCAAAACCAAUUUAGCGAUGCCGAUGAAACUAUAAUACGAUUAGAAACAUGUAAAGGACAACCAUUAUUUCACCGUGAGCUUUCCGAAGAUGUAAAUAAAUUACAUAUUUCAAAUAGUGAAGAAGAUGAAGAUGUUGAUGAUGAUGAUGAAAAUUAUGAUGAUUUAGAACAUGAUGUCUUUUGGGAUGAAGGUCAAAACAGAUCUGGACCAAAAAAUAUUACCAAAAACAUUCAAGGCGUUAAUGCGCAAAAUGUUUCUAAUAAAAUGACUAACUAUCAACCAUCGGAUAAAUUAUUCCGCCGUUACGCUAAUAAAAUCAAUGUUGAAAAAUAUGAAGGUCCAUCCUUGCCAGGACAUGCGGCGAAUCUUCUUAUUGAAAAUGAUAAACGUGUAGAAAAAGAAAGAAUUCGAACGAAGGACAAACAUGAUCGUGCUACUGUUGAACAAGUUUUGGAUCCUCGUACAAGAAUGAUAUUAUUUAAACUCUUGAAUCAAGGAAUAAUUGCAGAGAUUAAUGGAUGCAUCUCAACAGGAAAAGAAGCUAAUGUUUAUCAUGCAACUUCAAAGACGGCGGUAGAGUUUGCGAUAAAAAUAUAUAAAACAUCAAUUUUACAAUUUAAGGAUAGAGACAAAUAUGUAACCGGAGAAUUUCGUUUCCGUCACGGAUAUUGUCGUCAUAAUCCACGUAAAAUGGUACGGACAUGGGCCGAGAAAGAAUUUCGAAAUUUGAUAAGACUUCAACAAGGAGGAGUAAUUGCUCCAAAACCAAUUCUAUUACGUAGUCAUGUACUAUUAAUGGAUUUCAUAGGUACUGAUGGCUGGCCAUCACCAAAGUUAAAAGAUGCUGUUCUCACUUCUUCUAAACCAAGAAAACUUUAUAGAGAAUGUGUUGAAACAAUGUGGAAAUUAUACAAUAAAUGCAAGCUUGUUCAUGCUGAUUUAAGUGAAUAUAAUAUGUUAUAUCAUGAUGGAUCUAUUGUAAUAAUUGAUGUAUCUCAGGCAGUUGAACACGAUCACCCUAUGGCACUUGAGUUUCUUAGAAAAGAUUGUACAAAUAUUACUGAAUUUUUUAAAAAGAAUGAAGUAGGUGUGAUGACUGUCAAAGGAUUGUUUGAUUUUAUAACAGAUCCAACAAUAACUGAACAGAAUAUGGAUAAAUAUUUAGAUACAAUAUCAGAACAAAUGGCACAACAAAAUAACCAAGAGAUAGACCCUAAACAACAAAUUGAGGAACAAGUAUUUAAACAGGCUUAUAUUCCUCAAAAUCUUACCCAGGUCAUUGAUAUUGAACGUGACAUCAAACUUGCUAAAUCUGGAAAAGAAGAUUUAAUAUAUAAAACACUCGUUGGCUUAAGAGCAGAUUUAUCUAAGCCAGUUUGUACUCCGGAAAUUCUUACCAAACCUCAUCAAAAUACCGAUGAUACAGACUCAAAUGAUUCGUCUGAAGAAGUGGAAGAUUCUGAUGAAGAUGAAAACAGUGAAGAAGAAAAUGAAAACGAAUCAAAGUUCAUUCAUUCAGCACGACCACGGAACGAAAGUCCGGAAAGUAAAAAAGCUCGAAAGAAGGCAGUAAAAGAACAGCAAGCUGAGAAAAGAAAGAGUAAAAUAAAGAAACAUGUAAAAAAAAGAAAAGAAAAGAUUUUAAAGAAGAAAUAAUAGGUACAAUAUUACUAAAAAGAAUAUCUUAAAAGAAAUUUUAAAUACAGGUAUACAAAUUCUUCAUACAUUUACUGAUUCUUAAAUUAUAAUAGGAAAAAAAUAAAAAUACUUUGAAAUAA